UCGGCCGAAUAUUUAUUUUUUCUUGUGUGACGUUUGGUGAAAGUUUGGAAAUGGCUUUUUCUGGCCGCAAAAACAACUGCGAAAUGGAUUUAACCGAGGAGGAGCUCCAGAAUUAUGAGCAAAAUGACUCGAAUGGAAAUCGCUUGCACGUGCAGGAGCGUACAAUCCCAUUUUUUGGACUCGUCAGUCGCCAAGUUGAAUUUAAUGAGCAGAACCAGAUCCUUCGCGCUACACGCUGGGCAAUUUCGCAGAAUAAUCAAACAGCUGGGCAACGGGACAACUCGAACUCGGACUUUGAUAUUAAAAGCUGGAUGAAGAUGCAGGAUAAUCUGCCAGAACUGGAAAAGAAUAAAUAUAAGCACGAUAACAUCAAACGCUGGGUAAUUUCACAGGAGAAAUACUUACAGCAGAGGUCCAAUGAGAUGCGCCCAUCGAUGAAUUAAUUGAAGACGAA